AUGGAUGUUCAAACUGAAAUUGAGCGAAACAAAAUGAAAUUAUUGAAUAAUGAAAAUCUACAACCAAAUAUGACUACAAAUCGCAAACAUCUGAUAUCCCCGCUGUAUAAUAAACAAAAACAGAUGCUUAGAAAACAACUUAACCUUGUUAGAAAUAAACAAGUACGAGCAGUACCAGAUGGUUACUAUAAUGGUCUCAUUAAUGAUAUGCAUAAAGACUACAUAAAUUUUCAAGAAAGAGGAACAUGUCGUCAGAUGGAAUAUUUAAAUCCAUUAAUUCAACAUGGUCAACAAACCGCUGAUUUAAUUCAUCACUUUAAUGAAGAAACUCGUUUAGAAGAAAAGAAAUUAGAUAAAUUUAAAGCACCAAGAACUCUAAAUGCUUUAUCAAUACAAUGUUCACUUCCAUCAAAAUAUGAUGAAUUAGAAAAUCUUUCUCCAUUAUCUUUCUUAGUUAAAUACACGAAACCGUUAUUCAAUCGGCAACGUAUUGUGAUGAAAUUAAUACGUAAAAUGCAUGCAGAUGCAACAAUAGAUAUUGAUGAUGCAAAAGAUAUUGUUUUCGAGUAUUUUAAUCGCUAUAUAACACUCGAAGACAUCCAGGAACUUUUUCAUUUUCUUAAUAUUCAUUCAUUGAAUAAAUUUCAAGCAAAAGAAACGAUUGUCAUUUGUUGUUAUGCUGAACGAUAUUUUCUUCAUAAACUAAGGAAAAAUGAAACUAUUUUAUUUGAACGGCCAUUACAAGAAAUAAUUGAUUUUGAAUUUUUAAAAAGAAAACUAGCUGGAUUGAAAUUAACGAAUGAUCUCAAAAUUUUAAUUAAGACUCUGGAACCACCUGCUAAUGAAUAG